AAUAUUCAAACAACAAACAAACGGUUAGUCAAAUGUGAUAGCUUGGGUUUAGUUUUUCGGUGUUUAAUAAUUAAUUAAUUAAAUCAUAAAUUAAUGCGUGUAUUGUGUUUUCUAAUUGUUAAUUGAUUUAACGCGAUGUCGACAAAAAGCAGUAGCCGAAAAUCAACACCGGUUCCAUCAACUCCAACGAGCAGUGCUUCUAAAUCUUCCAGGACCAGAGACCGAAGCCGGAGUCCGCCGCUAAGUCCCACACGUAUUUCUCGUCUUCAGGAAAAGAAACAACUUCAGCAUUUAAAUGAUCGUCUAGCUCAGUACAUCGAACGAGUACGUCAUCUUGAAAUCGAAAACAGUAAGUUGGAAGUACAACUUACCAGCUAUCAUGAAACGAAAUCGAAAGAAGUCACAAAUAUCAGAGACCUAUAUGACGCCGAAGUUGGCCAACUUCGAAAAGCUUUGGAUACCGAAGCCAAAGAAAGAGCUAGAAUUGAUUUAGAUAAUAAGAGAUAUCUACAACAAAAUCAAGAACUAACCACCAAACUGAAUAAAGCCACUGCCGAUUUUACUUCAGCCGAAAAGGAUUUGAAAUUGUAUCAGAAUCGAUUCAGCGACGUCCAAAAUAAAUACAACCAGGCUGCCGCCGAUUUGAAAAAAGCGCUCAACGAAAACAAGGCUUUGAGCAAAGAUGUUACUCGUUUGCAAAAUGAAUUGGAUAGCAAAACGAAAGAACUCGAUAAUGAGACCAUUCUACGUAUCGAUUUGGAAAAUAAACUCCAAAGUAUGAAGGAAUCAAUCAAUUUCAAAGAACAGAUGUUUGAACAACUAUCCGAAAGUAGAAUUAUCAAACAAGUUGAAGUGUCUGAUAUCGAUGGCGCUAUUGAACAGAAAGUUGAACAAAAAUACUACGAGAAUUUACAAGCCUUACGCCAAGAAUACGAAGAUGAUUUGAAACGUAACAAGGAUGAUAUUAAGAAGAUUUUCGAGGAGAAGAUCAAACAGUUGGAAGCUGACUUACUGCGUAAGAAUAACUUAGCUACGAACACUUACGACCAAGUGCGCAAACUACAGCAGGAUCUGGAUGAUGCGCGUAAAUCUGUUAAAUCUUUGGAAGCUAGAAAUAACAACUUGGAAGAUAAAGUCACCUCUUUGGAGACCCUUUUGCAAGAAGAGAGACUGAAUAGUGCUACACAACUCAGCGAGUUACAAGAAUCAAUGAAUACCCAGCUUCAAGAGUAUCAAGAUUUGAUGGAUAUCAAAGUGGCCUUGGAUUUGGAAAUCGCCGCGUACAGGAAGUUGUUAGAGGGUGAAGAACAAAGAUUGAAAUAUACUCCAACGCCGACUCGUCGAGAAGAAGCUAAUGGUUAUUCCGAUGAUGAUGAAACACCUAUGCGUAAAAGAAGGAGAAUGCAUUAUGAUGAAGAGGAAUACGAAGAUUAUGCAAUUCGAUCUACAUCCAAAGGUGACAUCUCCGUCAGCGAGGUUUGCCCUCAUGGAUCCUUCAUAAAAUUACAUAACAAGAGUAAAGAUGAGGUUUCCGUUGGUAAUUGGAUUCUGACGAGAAAAGUCGGCGACGUCGACAUUUCAUUUAAAUUCGCAAAAAGCGUUAAAGUUCCAGCCAACGAAACGAUCACUGUUUGGUCUUCCGGUGAAAACAAGAAACACGAGCCACCUUUGAAUAUCGUCAUGAAGAAUCAAAAAUGGGCUACCGGUGACGUAAUGGAAACUGUCUUACAAACUAAAGAAGGAGAGGAUGUAGCUUCCAUGGUCCAUAAGAAAGAAAGACGUAUUAGAACGCGAUCUUACGCCCGUUCAUCGUUUGGUUCAGGUUAUCCAAGGGGAGGAGAUACAGAUGGCAAUUGCGUUGUUAUGUAAGAGUUGAGCUCUUUUUGGCUACGUCGCGUCGUGUUGAACUGAAUGGUGCCUCCCUUUUUCUUUUUCUAAUAAUAUUUAAUUUUGAUAUAACAAAGAGAUCACUGUUUUCUGUAUUUUUCAUAUUAUUUAAAACAUAACGUUUAGGUAGCUGUUUAAUGUUCAUUAAGUAAAUUUUAAGAAACAUUGACGACUUCGAGUUUUUUUUCCAUUUUAAAAUAAAUUUACAGUUUUGAAGAUU